GCGCAUGCGCAUAUUGGUGAUCAGCGGUUGGAGGAGGAAGAAGCGGGAAGAGCAAACCCCAGCUGACAUGGAGCGGACGUAAUUUACAUUUUUACUUAAAACAAACAGACUUCUCCUUGGAGUUAUGGAAUCUUUACGAGGGUCCAACCGAGCUGCAAGUUUGAAAAUGAAACGGAAAGAAGGUGAAAAAGUCAAACAAAAGGAGAAAACGCAGGGAAGCAGAAACGAAGAUAUUGCAAAGCCAGCCCAGAAGAGAAAAGCAGCUAGUAGUCCAUCUUCACAAGCAAAGAAGGUCAAAGGACGGGAAAAUUGGAAACCCCUUUCUACAUCCACAAUCGUUGCUGUGGAGAACAUAAUGGACAUAGCAUUACUUGCUACUCUGGCUUUAAAUCAGAAGAAGAGAAAAGAGUGUAAGGAACAUCUGAGCGUCAUCAAAAACAGGUUCCUCAGUGAAUGUGCAGAGCUGAAAGCUCCGGUGCAGAAACAGAAAAGCAAAGAUUGUUCAUCUUACCGUAAACAGGAAGAAACAAAGAUGUCUGUAACGGGAAAUAAGACUCUCAGCACCCUGGAGGAGGACCUGAAGUCAGUGGUCUCUGCACUGGAGAAAGGAGAGGAGCAAAUGAUCUCCUUGCAACAGUCGUGCAGUUCACUCAGAGAACAAAUAGAGGACGAGGAAGACAAGUUAAAGGAAAGCCUACAGAUAAGUAAGCAAGCAGUUCUCAACCUCCCUCCUUAUUCUCUGCCAGAAGAUGAGACGACACCGGGUGUGAACACUUUGAUUAGAACGAUACCUGAGAGAGAACGUGAGGCCACGGCUCAAAGACUGGGAGACAUUUUGCAGAAAUCAAAGACCAUCCGGAACGUUCAGUUGCUGCUUCUACACGCACACAAACACAAUGACCAACUGUAGACCUGAGCACCGAAGUCGGUGCUGCGUCAAAUCACAAAUGUCCUGCACAGUUGGGCCAACCCCUAUUCUGUCAUGGUGGCAGUGGGACGUGUGAAUAAACCAACGCGGUCGGUCAGUCCUUUCUUCCUUCUUAUAAUAAUAAUUUUAUAUAU